ACAAAAAUCCAUACCUUAGCAUUAACUUUCAAUAAUGUUAGACAUAAAGUUUACUCACUAUCAAAAUUAAUUUUUCCAUUUAUUAGUUAUAAUGUCUUAUUGAAUAUUUAAAAUCCACUUUUGUUGUCCCGGUUCGACUAAUAUGAUCCGCAUUCCAAGACUAUCACCUAACUUUUAAUAGUAAAACUCAUUCUGGCCAGGUUUGACAAUAAACUUGUCUAAGGCAAUUUGAAAGACAAUUAUGGAUAUUCCAGAAGGUAUAUUAAUUGGCUUUGGUAAUCCGCUAUUGGACAUAUUCACGACCAUCGAAGACAAUGUUUUGAUGGAAAAGUACGAUCUGCAAGUAAAUGCCGCAAUAAUUGCCGAGGAGAGACACUUGGCCCUAUUUGAAGAGUUGAUCUAUAUGGAAAAUGUGACUUUCUCUGCCGGCGGUGCCUGCCAAAACUCAAUGCGAAUUUUUGAAUGGAUUGUUGGCAAGCCAUAUUGUGCAUACUUCGUUGGGUCUGUCGGCAGGGAUAAGUUUGCGGAAGUCAUUGGAAAAAGAGCGAAUGCCGACGGAGUACAAACGAUGUACCAGCAAAUAGACGAUGCUCCGACGGGCACCUGUGCAGUCAUCCUAAGUGGACGCAAUCGUUCGUUGGUGGCAAAUUUGGGUGCCGCAGCUCUGUUCUCAGAGGAUUGGCUUCUUGAUGAGGCCAAUCUGUGUGUUCUGGAGCGUGCACAAUUUGUUUACGCUACCGGCUUUUUCAUAGCUGUCAAUGCGGAGACUGUCCUCGAAGUUGCUAGAUUGACCUCUGAAAAUAAUCGGACCUUUAUACUCAACUUAAGCGCAGUCUUCGUUGUCCAAAUACAUAAGAAUAAGAUUGAUGAAAUUAUACCCUAUUCGGAUGUGAUAAUUCUUAAUAAGAAUGAAGCUUUGGCCUUUGCGGAAACUCACGACUGGGAAACCGAGGAUGUGUUUGAGAUAGGCAGACGGAUGCAGUCGCUGCCCAAGGAGAACGUAAGAUCACGCAUUGUGAUGAUUAGUACUGAAGGCUGUCCUGUUCUGUGCUUUCAAGAUAAUGAUCACAUUCUGGAAUAUCCUGUGCCUCAGACCGAUAAGAGUAAAAUUGUUGACACCAAUGGCUGUGCUGAUGCUUUUGUUGGCGGUUUCCUUUCGCAAUUCGUCCAACGCAUGCCCCUCGACUACUGCAUUCGCACUGGAAUUUUUGCCUCUCAACAGGUGAUGCGCGUUGUUGGUGUACAAAUCAAUCAGCUACCCAAAUUCAAUGAGUGUUGUAUCUAAAGACAAUUGGAAAAUAAAUUAUUAACGAAAAUACAAAA